AGGCUCCUCCUCCUAGUUCCCGCCCCUCGCUCCAGCUCUUCAGCUAAUUGCCCGGAGGCGCGCGCCCUAAAGUUCUAGGCAAAGUACUGAGAACUGGUCGCCGGAUCGCACGCCGGCCAGUAGCAGGGAACCAGGGACCCCAGCACCAGGAGAGCUGGUGAGCAGCGCGGGCUCCCGCCCACCAUCUGUCGGCGAGCAGCGCUCGGCGCCCCAGUCUCCUGCGGCUGGUGCUGGAACUGCCGUCGGCUGAGACUUGCAGGGACCGGAGAAGCUGGGUUUGCGUCCUUCCCUGUCUGAAGCACUCAUUGGGGAAUCGAGCAGAGUCUCCAGCAGCGGAACGCUCAGGUCUGCCCUGUGUCAGUAAAGACCAUGGGAAGAGAUUAAUGCAACAUUGACAAUACUGCCUGCCUUCUUGCAGAAGUACCGAACUUAGUCAGAGAUUUCUUCUGAGACUUCCAGAAUGGCUUUUAGACAUAUUGGAUAAGAGCUGGCACCUGCCUGCGAGGACUUCAUACUCUUAGCUCCACCAUCUUCCCAUGGCAUUUUGAUUGCGCUGAACCCAAGGGACCAGCUCUUCACGAUGAGUGACGAGAGGAGUCUGGGUGUGUCUCAAAAGCUGGUUUCACCUUCAAGAAGCACAAGUAGUUGUUCCUCCAAGCAAGGAAGCCGGCAGGACAGCUGGGAAGUGGUGGAAGGAUUGAGGGGAGAGAUGACUUACACCCAGGAGCCGCCUGUGCAGAAGGGAUUUUUGCUGAAAAAGAGGAAGUGGCCCUUAAAAGGCUGGCACAAGAGAUUCUUCUGCCUGGAAAAGGGAAUCUUGAAAUAUGCCAAGAGCCAAACUGAUAUUGAGAGAGAGAAGCUGCAUGGCUGCAUUGACGUGGGGCUCUCCGUGAUGUCUGUGAAGAAGUCGUCUAAGUGUAUUGACCUUGACACGGAGGAGCACAUCUACCACCUGAAGGUGAAGUCAGAGGAAGUCUUUGACGAGUGGGUGUCCAAGCUCCGUCACCACAGAAUGUAUCGGCAAAAUGAGAUUGCUAUGUUUCCCCGGGAUGUCAAUCACUUUUUCCCAGGGUCCUCUGUCACAGAUUCUGCUCCAGGAGUGUUCGAGUCUGUUUCCAGUAGGAAGCGUAGCAGUCUAUCAAAGCAGAAUUCAUUUCCACCCGGAAGCAAUUUGUCAUUUUCUUGUGGUGGUGACACGCGAGUUCCAUUCUGGCUACAGUCUUCAGAGGACAUGGAAAAAUGCUCAAAAGACCUGGCGCACUGCCAUGCCUAUCUGCUGGAAAUGAGCCAGCUAUUAGAAAGCAUGGACGUCCUGCAUCGGACAUACUCGGCGCCAGCCAUCAACGCCAUCCAGGGUGGAGCUUUUGAAAGUCCCAAAAAGGAAAAACGAUCACACAGGAGGUGGCGGUCCAGAGCUAUUGGCAAAGAUGCUAAAGGAAUGCUGCAGGUCCCUAAACCUUUUUCUGGACCUGUGAGACUGCACUCCUCUAAUCCUAACUUGUCAACACUGGACUUUGGAGAAGAGAAGUCUUACUCGGAUGGUUCUGAAGCCUCGUCGGAGUUCUCCAAGAUGCAGGAGGAUCUAUGCCAUGUUGCCCAUAAAGUUUACUUCGCUUUAAGGUCAGCUUUCAAUAGCAUAUCAGUGGAAAGAGAGAAGCUGAAGCAGCUGAUGGAGCUGGACACCUCCUCCUCCCCCUCCGCUCAGGUUGUCGGACUGAAGCACGCUCUGUCAUCCGCCCUAGCACAAAACACAGAUCUUAAAGAACGUUUACGCAGAAUCCAUGCGGAAUCUCUGCUCCUCGACCCGCCUGCUGUUCCCAAGCCGGGGGACAACCUGGCAGAGGAGAACUCCAGGGACGAGAGCCGAGCCCUGGUGCACCAGCUCUCCAACGAGAGCAGGCUGUCCAUCACUGACUCCCUUUCGGAGUUCUUUGACGCCCAGGAAGUUCUUCUUUCUCCUAGCUCUUCAGAAAACGAGAUCUCUGAUGAUGAUUCCUACGUCAGUGACAUAAGUGAUAAUCUGUCUUUAGAUAAUCUCAGUAAUGAUUUAGACAAUGAAAGACAGACCUUGGGGCCUGUUCUCGAAAGUAGUGGGGAAGCCAGGUCCAAAAGGAGGACCAACCUGCCAGCGCCGGGUCCCAACACCAGUAGCGUUAGCGUGUGGAGCAUUCUGCGCAACAACAUUGGGAAGGACCUGUCCAAAGUGGCCAUGCCUGUGGAGCUGAACGAGCCUCUGAACACGCUGCAGCGGCUCUGCGAGGAGCUGGAAUACAGUGAGCUUCUGGACAAGGCUGCGCGCAUCUCCAGUCCUCUGGAGAGGAUGGUGUACGUAGCAGCCUUUGCCAUCUCUGCAUACGCAUCCAGCUACUUCCGAGCAGGCAGCAAGCCAUUUAACCCGGUCCUUGGAGAAACGUAUGAAUGCAUCCGGCAGGACAAGGGUUUCCAGUUUUUUGCUGAGCAGGUCAGCCACCACCCACCUAUCUCCGCCUGCCAUGCUGAGUCUGGAAACUUUGUUUUCUGGCAAGAUGUGAGAUGGAAAAAUAAAUUCUGGGGUAAAUCCAUGGAAAUCGUCCCAAUUGGCACAACCCAUGUGACUCUGCCUGCUUUUGGAGAUCACUUUGAGUGGAACAAAGUGACCUCCUGCAUCCACAACAUCUUGAGUGGACAGCGGUGGAUAGAGCACUAUGGUGAAAUUGUCAUCAAGAACCUGAAUGAUGACUCCUGCCACUGCAAAGUGAACUUCAUAAAGGCAAAAUACUGGAGCACUAAUGCCCAUGAGAUUGAAGGCACGGUGUUCGACCGCAGUGGGAAGGUUGUGCACCGGCUGUUUGGAAAAUGGCAUGAGAGCAUCUACUGUGGCGGCGCCUCGUCCUCUACGUGUGUCUGGAGAGCAAAUCCCAUGCCGAAAGGCUAUGAGCAGUAUUACGGCUUCACACAGUUUGCAUUAGAGUUAAAUGAAAUGGAUCCUUUGUCAAGGUCUUUAUUACCACCCACUGACACUCGCUUUAGACCAGAUCAAAGGCUUCUUGAAGAAGGGAACAUAGAGGAGGCUGAGGUUCAGAAGCAGAGAAUUGAGAAGCUGCAGAGGGAGAGGCGGAGGGUCUUAGAGGAAAACGGUGUGGAGCACCAGCCCCGGUUUUUCAGGAAAUCCAGUGACGAUGCUUGGGUGAGCAACGGGACCUACCUGGAACUGAGGAAAGACCUUGGCUUUUCCAAGCUGGACCAUCCCGUCUUGUGGUGAAAUGUAAAGGAGAAAGAGGCUUCCUGUACUUUGCCCACAUUUGCUUCCGGAAGCAGCACAUGGCUGUCUGUAUGUUUAAAAGAUAGUAUCUAGAAUGAUCACUUGUGCUUAGCAUAGCACUGUAAGCACUGAACUAUAUGUUUUCUUCAGUAAGUCUCUUUACAAUUUCAAGUGUUAUCAUAGUUGUUUAUAUGAAUGUAGAACACCUCGGUAUUUCUUUUUAUAUAUAAACUAUUUAAUAAAAAUGAAGAUUGAAUGUUAAUGUGUGGGUUACAAAAAACAUUUAACACUCAUUUUCCAGAGGUAAGGGGGAAAAUUCAAAUUUUUGCCUUAUAAAAUCACACUGGAGAAAAAAAUUCCCAGGUGAGUUAAGAAAUAAUAACACCCAGGGUUACUCACCCAUGCAUAGCUACCCAGGUUUAAUUGGUAGCUGGGAUAUCUUUUUUUGCCUCAGACAGCUCUUUGAUUGCUCAUACAGAACAAUUUUGCUGGUGCUGAAGUACCUAGAAUAUUUUAAUUUGCAUUUUCGUGGUUAAGGACUCUGUAUAAAAGGCCAGGCAGUGGUGGCACAUGCCUUUAAUCCCAGCACUUGGGAGACAGAGACAGGCAGAUUUCUGAGUUCGAGGCCAGCCUGGUCUACAGAGUGAGUUCCACGACAGCCAGGGCUACACAGAGAAACCCUGUCUCGAAAAACAACAAAACAAAACAAAAAGAAUCUGUAUAAAGUUAGUGAAAUACAUAUUUCUUAUGUAAGGCGGGCAUCACCCAACCGGAAGGGGAGACUUCUCUCCCUGUACUUCUGUUGCCUUAUGUAUAAAACUGCCCCCAGCUUGCUUAGAGAAGUUGCCUUCAUCAGAGAAUUCAGUGUCCCGAUGGUGUCCUGGGGGGAUGGGGAGGGGGGCACAGCAGACAUUUUGUUUUUCCUCAGCAAGAGCUGAAUCCUUAAAAAUUUAAGAAACUAUUUUCGGCUUUCUCUCCUUCCCCCCACCCCCCACCGCUUGCAAGCCCUCCUUUUGCCCCCUAUUGAUGAAAUGUCUCUCAUUUAGUACAAGAAAAACAGUAACAGCCCACAGUGUGUGACCUUCUAAACUUCAGCAAAGUCCUGGUGGCUUUAAAUAACCUGGCAUGUUCUUCCUCCACACGGCUUUGGUAUUCUCUACCUCUUACCGAGCACCGUCCUUUUGACCUUGUACAGACAGUUUGACCAUCUGCCUUAUAGACAAACAUUGCUGUUGUUCUUCUGUGUCCGUCCUCUGAGAAAGCUGCAAGGGUUUACCUCUUUCCUUGACUCUCUUCUUAUUUGUAAGUUCUGCAUCUGUCUCAGACAGGAGCUACCAAAGGGAAACAGUUGUUCUUAUAAGUGUCUUACUUUAAAUCACAAUAAUAGAAUGUACACAGUAGCUGAAUUGUGUUAUCAGAGCAACUCUGACUUCUGCCCAGAGCACAUUAAACCAAAGCCUGAUUGUUAAGUCUUUGACUCUAAUGAAGUCUAUAGCAGUUCUAGGAAACAUUGCAUGUAAUGAUAGGGUAAAGAGAUUUCUUUAGAAGGAAUUUGAGGCCAGCGAGAACGCCUCGGCAGGUAAAGGCACUUAUUGUAUGAGCCUGGCACUGAGUCCAGUCUCCAGGCCCCACUUAAAAGAUAGAAGGAGACAGCCAACUCCAGAGUUGACCUAUGUCACACCAAAUAACCGACUAGACAGCUGAAGUUUUCACAGUGGAGCAUUGAGGGUGAAUCAAUAGUCUUUGCGGUCUACAAGUGACUGUCAUUUUAAGCAACUCAUUAAAUAUUGGUUCAUGUAUUCCUUGUCAUGGAGGCACCGAGAUGGACACAGCAGGAAUCUCAUUUCCAUUUCUAAACAGCUGGCUGGUAUGACUGAUUCUUUAGUUCCUGUUUUGUUUUUUUCCUUUUCAAGCACUAUCCACAUUCUGACCACAGGCUGGAGAUGUAAGGAAGGAUCUCAGUGGGGAAACAAAACCGAAAGGACACUUGUGGGCUUUUAGUAACACUGGUUGUGAAGUAGGCCUGCUCAAGAGGCUGCCCCAAAGGAGAAAGAAAAUGACAAAAAACACAAAAUCAAGAAUGUACCCCCAGAAUCAGUACAGCCAGUUGUUUGAAAAAUUUUAAAGUAUCUCAUGAUAUAAUUUCUGUUGACUUCAAGCUUUAAUUUGGAACCACAUAGGCAGCUGACCCAAAUGUCUCCUCUAUAGUCACCUUAUUUGAAUCAGGGAUAGGAAUGAACAAAAUAUGCUCCAGAACCAUGUGCAAGCUCUGUAAGUUACUGCCGGUCUCUGGAUAAAGGGCUUUCGGAAAUGGAGAUGGUCAGGAGGUACAUGCUGCUACUUGAAUCUUAAAACUCCCUGCUGGAGGGAGAAGGCUGCUACAUUCCUCCCGUCCUGCCUCACAUAACCUUCCUCCAAGUUUGUAUGUUUAGAAUUUGGGAUGUUUUCAUAAAGAAAACAGAACUGCAGUAUUGUUUUGAGAAACAUUAAGGUAAAGUUUAACCUUUCUGAACUCGUGACUUUCUCCAAUACACGCAAUUGCUCCAAUUGCUGCACCAUUUGAUGUGCAUGUUUCAGCCCCUCUCAUUCUAAUUAUCCUAUUUCAAGUUUAUGGUAAGUUACAGAUGUUCUCCCUCUGGUGGGACCUUGUGCUAACCACACGCCACACCUCAUGUAUUCUCCUUCUCAGUACUCACAACCCCGAUCCACAAGGCAUCAUUAAGGAUUGAGUAUCUUCGGUAUAGCAAAGGGGCAGUGCAGUUUCCUCCACAGACCCAGUCAUAAAAAAAAAGCCUCAGUGCAGUUUCUUCCUGCAGUUUACAUCUUGAUGCUCGGAUGCCCCUGGUACUAACUAAAAAGAUGCAGUUCACCUCCCAGACACCAGAGGGAAUCUGGUUCUAACUAAACAUAUGCAGUUCACAUCCCAGACACCAGGGGGAGUCAGGUACUAACUAAAGAGAUGCAGUUCACUUCCCAGACACCAGGGGGAAUCUGGUACUAACUAAAGAGAUGCAGUUCACCUCCCAGACACUAGGGAGAGUCAAGUACUAACUAGACAGAUGGAUGCAGUACAUGUUUUGAGACACUAGGGGGAGCCUGGUAUUAACUAAACAGAUUGCAGUUCAAGAGAUUCAGGAGGGUUCUUGUACUCAACAGAUUGGGGUUCACUCUAGGUCAUAAGUACAAUUACCUAUUAAGUAGCAAGCAUGCCUUAGCAGUCCCCGAGCCUUCCAGCACCUCUUGGGGCUUCUUGGCGGAAAACUACACAAACUGAGUUUUUUAAUGUUAACUCUAUUUAGGCUUCUGUUUUCCUCAUAUCCUAUUUUUAAUUACUUCCAAUAAAUCAUUUGCUCAGCCUUCUAGCACUGUCUUUCCUUUGUAUGUACCAGAUUUAUGAUGUAUUGUUUUAGUCUACCCUUAAAAGAAGUCAAGCUAAAAAUAGAGGUGAGGGCUAGUUUGCUUCUUAACGUAGGCCUACUGUGUACACCACAAGCUCUCUCUGAGGCACUGUAGCUAAUAUAGACUGUCCUCACACCCUCUAGCUACCAGUCAGAGCUAUAAGUUGCUCUCAUGAUCUUAGGAAUACAGGCUACAGUGUUUGGUCAGAAUGUAUUCGAAUGUCUUUAUUUUUAAUACCAACAUCAGCAUAAAUCUAUUUUUGCUAGUAGAUCAAAGCUAUUUUCGCAUGCUCUGUUUUCUGUCUUUUAUCGAUCCUGUGAAUCAGUGAUUAUCUUUGUGGAAAACCUACAUUAUCAAAUGUGUCUGCAAAUCAAGAUGGUCUGAAGUGCAAGCCAGUUUUUUGUUUGUUUGUUUGUUUUUGAAACUGGGUUCAGGGGAUGCAGUUGUCAGAAGUGACUCAUCCGCUUCAUUUGUGAUGAAUUUUUUUACCUUCCUCUGUUACCCCACAGGAUGUGCUUCUGGGGGAAAAUGAUACUUGUAAAUCUUCUAUUUAAGCAUUUGUGAAAUCUAAAUCAUACCCCAGAGGCUCCUUUUACUUUGUUGUCUCUCCACCCCUGUGUAGCUCGCUGACUGAGAAUAAAGAAUACAGCAAAGG